CGGUUGAUUCAGUCGGUUGGCGACUUCCAGUCCAAACACAACGGGCUACUGCGCCUUGUGACCCACGUUUUCACGUCGCGUAUUUGCAUCGCUUGUUUUGAUUUAUCCAGCUGUGUUAUUACGGACGGAAUCGAUCCGUCGGCUUUAUAGUGAUACGGUGAAAGCCCCUCAUUUAGUUUGACUGUCAUCGUAUAUAGCUAUAGGCUAUAUACACCGCAAACAGUUUAUUCGUUCGUUAGACUAUAGUCUACUUUGAACGGUGUCUGACGACACAGCCGAAUUGCGAAAUGUGGCAAAUGUAGGCUACUGGUCGCUUCGCUUCAGUGCCACCUGUUCAACACGAUGAACGUUGUAAAUCAAUCGGCACGACGGCCAACAGUUCGCCCCGAAUCGUUCAGCCCACCCCAUCGUUCACAAUUUCGUCCGUCUCAGUGCGUGAUUGCGAUUGGCCGAGCGUUUCGGCCGAAGUGGUCAUCUAUUCGGAGCCAUGAUCAGAGCCGCUUUCGAUUCGAUCGUCAGAAUCAAACGCCAUUUAGGCAAGAUUUCGUAGUAUAGAAGUGGACAACAAAACAAAACAAAACGGGCAUCAGGAAAUGCUGGAUUCUCGGGGCAAACAUCUUUGAUCGCCGUUCAACUAUACUUUUCUCCGUCUUUUCUCGAAAUUAUUCCGCGUGCUGAAUUCUCUUCGUUUCAGCAGCCGUGAGUGCUGUCUUUGUGCUGCUCUCGCCUGCUCCUGCAGCAGCAGCAGCAACGAUCGUAACAUUCGAAUACGCCACUUUGGCUUGUGGGCGGCCUAUUUUUAUUUCGGCUGUCGGCUGUCCCGUUCAAAAAGAUUGUCGUCUUUUAGGCGAGAUAACAGAGUGAACGACCUUCAAGGAGUAUAAUAGAAGAAAAUAGGAGGAGGUGCAUUUUAUUGGACGGCUUCAGUUUUUCCCUUGAUUGCUGAAAGGGAAGCAGUGAUGGGCAUGAGGAGUCGAUUUGAAAACCAACACGUUUUACAACUGAGCUGUGUGACAGUGAUAGAAGCUUCGAUUGACCCGGAGCAUAUAAAUAAGACAAGGGCUUAUAGACGAUGACGUGACUCGGCCCUCAACACUUGACAGGUUAUAGUCUAUACUACUCGAGGUAUAGCCUAGCAAGAAAACAAAGAACAACAGAAAACGGGCUGCUGCGUCGACUGUGUUACGGCUCUCGCCUUAUCGCAUUGCAAAAGGCAAAAGUUUUCAUCAACUGUAUAGCCUAGAUAUACAUAGGCGAACAUUGAACCAUUUUUGUUGCGGUUGUUGUUGUUGUUGUUGUUGUGGUUUUAACGGUUGAAAAGCCUCGUUCAGCUCUCUUUCUCUCUUGAAAUUUCCAUUUUGUUUUUUUUUGUUUUUUUAUAAAUUUAUAUUCUUCGGUUCUUGCUUGCAUUUAACCUUUCGUUUAUAGUCAGAGAGCACUACCGAAAAGCAUGCAUAAUCAUGAGGUGGCACCGACUACGCAGUCGAAUCCCGGUGGCAGUUUGUUCCUUUUUUGAAUUCAAAAUCAAAGCAAAAAGAUACGCACCGUAGAUAUACACGCUACGUCGUGUAUUUAUAUAUUACUACACGAGCUCGCAUAGCGAUAGACGGACAUCUGCAGCAGGUAGCAGCAAACGUGCAAAAAACAAACAUUUGAAAUAUUAGUAGGCCUAUUAGCCUACCCAUACAGCUUAUAUAUAUUAGGUCUAGUAGACCUAUAUAGUAUAUAGGCCUAUAGCUAUAAUAGUGCAGUCGCCGCUGUACAAAACGGUACACGAAAUGGUUCUGGGUCGUUCGCAGAGCAUCGAUAGUGGCACGAGUAAUCGUCGUCUACGUGAUUCCAGUCUGACGGCCUGUACCGAGUUACUGUUGGGCACCAUGGAACCGGUGAGCAUGUCAGCAGCCGCUUCUUCCGCAGCCGUUGCGGCUGCGUUGUCGGUUGAUCUCGCGGCCGUUGUGGCCGGCUCCGUGUCGUCCGUCCCGACGGCAAACAAACAAUUGGACGCCGGUGUGUUGGAGCUGUCGCAAUCGGGAGAAUCGGCCGAAGUCAUCCGACACAUGCCGCAUCACUGGAUGAAAUCCGACGUGGCCGCCACCAUCCGCAACAUACACAACAACAAGAAAGCAACCAUCCGACAGCACUACUAUCCAGAGGGCGGCUGGGGCUGGGUGAUUGUAGUAGCCACAGCACUGGCGCUCACCAUCGGCCACGGAGUUCAAUUGGCCAUCGCUGCUCUGUUGCCGUGGCAAAUCCUUCCGCUCAACGUCAACAGCAUCCGCCAUUCACACACGUGGCCCCUUCUUGCUUUGCAUUCCAGAGGUGCGCUGGCUGCCCUCUCGCUAUGCGUGGCGUCGUUGCUCUCGCCGGUGAUUGUCGCCUGGUGCCGGCGCAAGUCGACCAGACUGACGGCCGUCUUCGGUGGGCUUCUAGCUGCGCUGGGACUGCUUUUCACUUCUUUCGCCUCCCAGUUCCAUCAGCUGUUUCUCAGCUAUGGAUUAAUUCUCGGAAUUGGAGUGGGUUUAACCCGUGACACGGCCAGUUUAAUGGUUGGCCAGUAUUUUAAACGACGCAGGGAAGCGGUUGAAAUCGCCCUAGUCGGGUCUUCCGGUGUCGGUUUGGCCCUUAUGACCGUCUUCCUUCACACAACGCUCGGUGCCAUAGGUUGGCGCUUGGGUCUUCAAGCUGUUACCGGCCUUGUUCUCGUUACGUUUAUCCUGGGUUCCUGCUACAGAUCGGCAUCUCUUUACCAUCCACAGAGAAGGGCCAUCCUCCAUUUGAAGAACCAAAGAAAGAAGAUUAAAGAGAAGAACAAGCACGAAGAGAAGCCACCCUUCUUCGAUUUCACGUCGCUCAAGUCGCGCACUAUUCAAACUAUCAUGGUCUCAACAGCUUCUAUAGCAGCCGGCAUAUACACGCCUCUUAUCUACUUGGGCUACGAAACGGAGAAGACCCAGGGUCGAGAUUCGUCCAUGUUGCUCCAGGUGUAUAUGGGACUUGCCUGGACGUUGGGUUGCAUAGCUGUUGGGCUACUCAUCGUCCGAGAACCGGCCGAAUGCAAAAUCGGGCGUCAAUAUCUCUGCCAAGCGGCAGGAUUUUUGGCAGCCUUGGCUCUACUUUCACAGGCAGUGGUCUCCACGCCAUGGUCGUCCCGGCCGUCAAUUGCCCAACAACCAACAACGGGUGGCCAUCACGGUCUCUUUUGCUGGGUUUACGGCUUCGGAUUGGGCGCGUACCAUUAUGCCCUUAAAAUGUUCGUCUAUCAGCGCGUUAGAGCCCGAAACUUUGCCCGCGCAUGGAGUUUCGUCCAGGCUUCGCAAGCACUACCUCUAGUCUGCGGCAUUCCUUUGGCGGGUUUCUUAAGUACAGAGUACGGCCAAGAGGCACCCUAUUAUGCCAGCAGUGCGUUUGUGUUGAGUGGCAGUUUGGCGCUGUUCGUCAUAGAUUUGCGGAAGUAUGUUUUGUCGAAGUCACAUUCCCACAAGCACCAGCACAGAAAGAAAGCCCGAACGCCAGUUGGAGGAAAUCGACCACGUACACCUAAAGUGGCCAGCGAACCGAACACCGACGGCACGGGAGGUGGGGCUAGUGGAAUAGUCGGGGAAAUUUGUCGCGUAGACAUCGAUGGGAUUGAGGUCCAGCCAGAAGAAGACGAGGACGAAGAACCCUGUCCACCAUCUUGCAAGAGUCGCAUUCGAAGAGAUUCUUUGGCUGAUGAAGAAAUCCACCUUCCACCGCUAACUCUUUUGCAACAAACGUCUUUGGUACUGGCUCAAUUAGGAGAGUUACCUUAUGGAGCCGGUGCAGCCGAAUUAACCUGCAUCUCCGAAGAAGGCAUUGCCGAUAUGGACAUUCCUGAUCACUUACUAGAAGAAUUAGAUUUUGCUGCCGAUUGCAUCACUUCGUGCGAUAAGGUUGAAAACUACCUGAUGCUAAGCGAAUACGAGAACAACCUCAUUCAACAUUCUUCAUCCUCCAAUUCUGAUCGCAAGCAUCGAAAGUCAUCUUUUUUCCGACAGAUUGGCCAGACUUUCAACGGACGUUAUGGAAACAAGGGUGGAUUUUGCGAGUCGUCGUGUCAUCACACGACAAAUGCCACCAAUCACGCCGGACAUGGAAAUCUUCGCUUAUUUAGUAACCAAAGCGACGAACGGGACCACACCGAUUCACCAUUGAAAAUGAUCCAAAUUCAUGAGAAUAACGAGGCUGAAGGCCGAGUUUGAGAACAGUUUCGAUCAUUAUUUUCCUUUCCGUUUGUCAACAAACUCUUAAUUUAAGAAAUUUUCAUUGUUUGAAAUGUUGAUGCGUAAAUCGGAAAACGAUUUGACCCUCGUCAGCAAAUUCCUCGUGUAGCCACAUAGCUCUAUGCUGCACAGUAUGGAGGUCCACGUAUGAUCGUACAUUUUGUGCGAUAUACCGGUUACGUAACCGACGUUUCAUAGCUAAGGAACCCGCUACGUAUAAUGCAUAGCAUUUGCUUGUCGACUGUAAGGAAGAUGUGCUUGUCGAUGUAAAGAUUAUAACGAAAUUAAUGUUCAUGUAUGAUUGUUAUACUUAUUUAUUUUCAGAACGGAACGAAAUGAAUCAAUCACGAGUCAACUGAAUACAGCAAAAGGUUCAUUUAAGCGUAUUGGCAUCCUAAAUUGAUGACAAAGGCAUGUAUAGUGUGCGCCAAACGAAUUUAAAAAAUGGAGACGUUCAUUAAACGCAUUUAUAAAAAUUUGUUGGAUUUCAAUAGGAAAUUUAUAAAACAGUUUUAUUUGCAGAAAAAAAAAUUUAUUGAAAUAGUUAUUCCCUCUUGAUUCGCCAAUAAGGAUAUAGGCUAUAUAUAUCAAAUAUAAAUUUAUAGGAUAAAUUUUCCAUAUAUAUAUUUUUUUUCCCUUUGUGAUUGGAAUUUUUAAAUUACGUGUUACUACGGAACACCGUUUGAUCAAUUUUUUUAUAAACAACUCUUAUCGCUAGCUGAUCGUUUAUGUAGCAAAUAAAUAGCUAACUAGCAUUGCCAUCUAACGGUAAAAAAUGACACUAAUAGGAGGGAUUUGAAUAGACCACGCCUUCAACGAAGGAGGAGUCCACUACAUAUUGAAUUUAUCGAUCGAUUGUUAGACCCAUUUCGAUACGCUACUGUACACUCAAUGGCGGCAUGGCGGCGACGUGCAUUGAAAGUUGGAACUUGGAAGUGGAUGCAUGUGCGACUUCCAACUUGAUUUGGCGUUGCAUGUGGAGGCUUCGUUGGGAAUGAUAAUGUAUUAAUAAAUUAGGGUAUGAAGCAAUUAGUAAUGCAAUAAUAUCUCAGUUAGUUCGCAGACUGGUCAUUUGAUGAUACGUGUGAGCAGUGGUAGUGCUUGGGUGCCUCGAGAGGGAAUCGCAGAACAUAGCCAUAGAGCUAAAAGUAAUAUAAGAUUUUUAAAAUUGUUAUUUGAUUUUGUGUUGUUUCUUGUUUCAGCAGUAGUAUGUCCUUCAACAAUCUGUCUUGUCCAACCAUGGAAUGAGUCGCAUACAACUAAGUCAACCAAACGGGGCAGCAACAAUUAGUCGGCAAUGGAAUUAGUCGGUGGAAAACAACACAUUCAUUCCUAAGGAUGGUUUUGAGUUUAUCUAUGCUUAUUGCCAACUGGAAGGAUUCCUCAUUUUCACAGAACUUUACCAUUUUCAUGGUAUACUUAAUUGCUUGUUGGUGGAUUGUCACUUGGCAUCAUUUGUAUGGUAUGGUCCAUAUCAGCAGUGUUAUGAUGCACUUCUUAAAUACACCAAUCCCUCAGAAAAUAUUCUAAUUGAAAUUAUGGAAAUUUCUGCCCUUCAUGCAGAACUGCACAAUGAUGGGUUCGUAUAAACAAGCUUGAAAUGACAAACCAACAGUAUUUUUGGUUUGGCUUACACAUGCAGCUCUAUGACAUGCUGAUGUUAGCUAAAUUGUUAUUAAUCAUAGGGGUAGGUAGUAUGAAAUGAAAUAUCUUCUCUUGGAUGUUUGUGUCUUGUAUUUGUUUGACAUGACUCUUGAUGCAGGAAGCUUUUCCUGCUUCUUACAAAAAGGGACAUUGGAUGCCUUAAUGUCUAAUACCAACCAAGUGUCAUUGCAAAGAUAGGUCAAAGAUAUAUUAAUAUAGAUUACACUCUGAGUGAUGGUGACAUAUGGUAAAAAGAGAGAGCAGUAUGAAUAUUUGCUGCAUCAUUUACUUCUAUUAUUUAUAUCUUCAAGGUAGAAUAAUCGCAAUGUCGUGGUAGUAAUUCGCGAGAGAUAUGCCAAUAGGGUUUCGCUGUUUUCAAUUCGCAAUCGUAAUGGAUUUGAAGAGUAUAUUGAUGGAGUUUUGGUAUAAAAAAGUACGUGUUCGUUGGAAGGGCACAGAAGAGUUCCGGAUCCUUUUGCUAUCGCAAAUGUUAUGGUAUUAUUUCACAAAUCAUUGAAGUGCUUAUUUGGAACCCCUUGUUUUCUGUGGCCUUGUUUCCCCCUUGACUUAUAUUAUUUUCUUUAACCCUUUAGUGCGUGUAAAACUAAAGGCUAAAAGAAGAAGAAUGAUUCAAAAACUGUGGGAGAGAAUCAUCAAAGAAUUAUACUCGUUUAGGUAAUCCUUUCGGAUUCGAUUCGCCGUUUGUGCUGCCCUUUUCUGUAAAGCACUUCUACAGAGUGACGACUCGUCGCGAGUGCAUGACAUCCAUAUCGAUAACGGUUUCCUGCGUAAAGACGAAUCCGAGCAAGUCGUCACUAGUUUACAGCAACUCGGGCUCAACCUUCGGAGUUAUUUUCCAGACAGUGGCUUUUCAUUUCUAUUGUCAUACCAGCGAUCAGAUUUGAUGUUUCGAAUUGUUGUCAUUUGGGAUAAUCUACUUCUCGGACAAGUUUCUUUGAGACCGGAUUUAAUUGGGGCCGCUUCGCAUAUGGCUUCUUCGCGCACUGAUGCCAUUUAAAGACUCAUCAUAACGAUUCCGAAAUGGUUCGUCAGUUGCGCAUUUACGGUCGUGUAGUAGAACCUCUUAAAGUUAAUUGCGUUCUAGCAUUCCAGUAAGAUCUUUACUCUUUUCGCAAUUUUUCCAACAGAUUUCAUUUCCAUAAAGAUGAAGUAAGGUCUUAGGUCGUGAGCUGGGUCUGUCCACAGUAUUACUGGAAUGUCACCCGUUUUCUGGUCCUGGUUAUAUAUUUAUAUCUAGUUAUAUUAUUAUUCUUAAAACCCAGAAGUGUUCUUCACUUUUCAGGGGAUUGAUUGAUGAUAAUUGUUGAUUAAUCCAUGAAGAAUGGAUAAGUGGAGGGUAAUAAAAGUUUAAAAAUGUA